AUGUUCCGCUACAACACCCUGCUCCUACGCCAGGGGCGAAGCAUCUCGCGGCCGACAUCACUGAGAGCUGGCGGUGGAGGAAGCAUAGGAAGGCUAUGCGUUGCCCAUCACGCUUUUCAAACUCCCUCCCACAGAACGAUAUCGUUUAGGAGCGUGGCGGGCCCUCCGAAGGGGUACAGCCAGUCGCUAGAGGCUCUCCGGGAAGAAGAGUACCCGCAUAUGAGAAAUGGAGUCUAUCUCGACCACAGCGGGGCCACCAUCUAUGCUCAGUCAACCGUUGACGGUUUCGCCCGGAAGAUGAGCUCGGGGCUUUACGGUAACCCGCACUCGGCCAACGAGCCGGCGAAGCAGUCCGGGGAGGUGGUGGACGGAGUGAGGGAGAAGACGCUGCGGUUCCUGGGGGCCGACCCCAAGCACUUCGAUCUCGUCUUCGUCGCGAACGCGACGGCGGGGAUCAAGCUCGUGGCGGACGCCUUCAGGGACCUGGCGGAGAAGACCACGACUCGCUCCUUCUGGUACGGCUACCACAAGGAGUCCCACACAAGCCUCGUCGGCGUCCGCGAGCUCACAAAUGGGGACCACCACUGCUUCGAGCGCGACGGCGACCUCGCCAGCUGGCUCGAGGAGCCGCGCGGCGGGCCCGGGGCGAGGCACAAUGUCAACCGGCGGCACACGACGGGCCUGGGCCUGCUGGCGUACCCGGGCCAGUCCAACCUGAGCGGGCGGCGGCUGCCGCUGUCGUGGACCAAGAAGCUGCGGGACUCGAAGCCGCUGCAGAACACGUACAGCCUCCUCGACGCGGCCGCGCUGGCCAUGACGAGCCCGAUGGAACACGUCUUCGCCGACCCGGACGCGGCCCCUGACUUCGCCUGCGUGUCCUUCUACAAGAUCUUUGGCUUCCCGGACCUGGGCGGCCUCGUUGUGCGCCGCGACUCAGGCCACAUCCUCACGCUGCGCAAGUACUUUGGCGGCGGAACCGUGACCAUGGUGAGCGCCGUCGGCGGCGCGUGGCACAAGUCCAAGGGCCUCGAGGUUGCGACCGCGGGCCAGGGCUACGCGCUGCACGACGCCCUCGAGGAUGGCACCCUGCCCUUCCACAACAUCCUGGCCCUCGGUGAGGCCAUCGACGUCCACCAGCGCCUGUACGGCUCCAUGGCCGCCGUGUCGCGCCACACCACGGGACUCGCACGCAUGCUCUACGAGGGGAUGAGCUCGCUCAGGCACGCAAACGGCCAGCGCGCGUGCCGGGUCUACGGCGGCGAGGACGCAGACGACGCGUUCGGCGACCCGCUGCGCCAGGGCGCCACCGUCGCCUUCAACCUCGUCAGGGAGGACGGCUCCUACGUGCCCUACUCGGACGUCGAGAAGGCGGCAAACGACCACGGCAUCUACAUCCGGUCUGGAGGUAUCUGCUGCCCUGGCGGCUUAUUCGCAGCCCUGCAAUACGAGCCCUGGGAGCUCGACCGCGCCCGGUCCGCCGGCCACCACUGCGGCUCCGACGGGCUGAGCCUCAUCCAUCAGCUACCCACGGGCGUCGUAAGGGCAUCCCUAGGAGCGAUGAGCACGCGAAAGGACGUCGACGCCCUCGUCGCCUUCCUCGACGAGGCCUACGUCUCGGCCGGCAAGUCGGUCGCCACCGUGCCCGCCUCGCCCUCCCACGAGGACGACGAUGCCGAGGUCGGCCACGCCGGCGGCGCCAUCUGCGUGCCGCCUGCGUACUCGUUCGGUUGA